AUGUCCAGCUCUUCUAGAUCUGUCCAUGGCGGCGGCGGCAGCCGCGACGCGCCGGCGCAGCAGACGACGUUGUCAAUCAUCUCCAAGCCAUCGGCGUCGGGUUCGUUCGCGUUCAAGAUCGAGGGCUACUCCAAAACCAGGGCGCGGAUCGGCGUGGGCAACAGCAUCACGUCCGACGUGUUCGUCGUCGGAGGCCACCGCUGGCAAGUCAAGUACUACCCAGACGGCUCGGUCUCGGGGGCCAAUGGAUGGAUAUCCAUGGCUCUGCUGCUUGUCGGCACCUAUGCUGCCAAGGUCGAGGUGAGGGCCACGUUCAGGUUGCUCCACGACGACUCCAAGCCGUCUGGCUCUGGCUCUGACCGUGACAUAAUAUACACGACCUUGCCGAAGAACUGUUCCUUGUGGGCGACGAAUUUCACGACAGAAACGGAACUGGUCAAGUCUGGCUAUCUGAAAGAUGACAGCUUCAAGUUCAUGUGCGAUAUCGCCCUCAGCAAGUUUGUUGCGGUGCCACCUUCUGACAUGCGUCACCAGUAUGGCGAACUCCUAUCAUCAGGCAAGGGUGCGGAUGUAAUGUUUGAGGUCGGCGGUGAGACCUUCUCCGCACACAGAUGCGUCCUCGCUGCCCGGUCGUCCGUGUUCAUGGCGGAGCUCUUUGGUCCCAUGAAAGAGCACACCGCAGCACGUGUGCGUAUCGACGACAUGGAUGCCAGGGUUUUUAGAGCUAUGCUGGACUUCAUCUACACCGACGAACUGCCCGAGAUAGACGACGGGUACGCCAUGGAGAUGACUCAACACUUGCUUGUAGCUGCGGACAGGUAUGACCUCGAGAGGUUAAAGUUGAUUUGUGAGAACAACUUGUGCAACUAUAUCAAUACCAAGACGGCGGCCUCUAUGUUGACACUAUGUGAGCAGCAUGCUUGUUAUGGGCUUAGAAAGGCAUGCUUCAAGUUUCUCGAAUCUGUGGCCAAUUUACAAGCAACCGUGGUGACCGAUGAAUUCAAGCAUCUCAAGAGCGUCUGUCCCGACAUCCUAGACCAGCUGGUUGACAAUCUUCAUGGAUGA